UUCCCGACGACUCGUCAGUUCCGGGACAAUAAGUUUUUCGCGAGGGUUUCCCAUCCGAUCGUCUUCGCGUCCGUUGACCAAGUGACGAUUUCUGUAUUUUCAUUAUACACAGUCGACACUAUAGUUUAUUGAAAUAUCGUUACCGUCAUGCACUCAGGCUCCAGGACGAUGCAAUUUGUGUUGACGGCUGUGGUCCUGGUGACCAUCGUCUGCACGGCAGCGGGAAAGCCCGCGAAACCCAGCAGACUGGCUAAGUACACGACGCUAUGCAAGCUGUCAGACCCAAAAUUAAGCCAAUGUUUGACUAACUUAAUGAAAGAUAUUUUAAAGCAUUCAAAAACAGGUAUACCUGAACUUAACAUACCGGCGUUGGAGCCAUUUAUCAUUCCAGAAAUUGAUUUAAAAAUAUUCCAAGGCCUGAGUUCCUCACUUUUCGGUGGUACCGUUCAAAGAUCCAACAAAACUAAGGCAUUUGCACGCAAUUUGAUUGUUCAUCAUUCAUCUGAAUUUGAUAUUCACGAGCUUAAGGUGGAUAUUAAAAAGAACGAAUUUUUCAUCGACCUCUCUUUCCCAAAACUUCAAAUAGAAGGAGAGUAUGACGUAAAUUUAAUCAUGUUUAACAUGCCAAUUAAAAGCACAGGGCCUGUGUACAUAAACGCCACUGACAUUACAGUCAAAGCUACAUUGAACGGAAAGACGUUAAAGAGGAAGAACGAGUCUCUAUUACUGUUCGACAAUAUUGACAUCAAAGUUAACUUUAAAGACUAUGCAAUAAUGAUUGAAAAUUUGUUCAAGAAAGAUCAAAACCUAAACAGAGCAUUGAACGAUAUGAUCAAGAGCCAAAAAGCCGAGUUGAGGAAACUAACGAUGCCAAUGAUUGAAGAACUAGCCGGUAAAAUGGUGCUCUCCAUGAUAAAUCAGAUUUUGACCGGUUUACCACUCGAGGAAAUUUUCGUGACAGAGUAAUGUCGGGUUUUUAGCAUAUCUAAUGGUUUACCUUCAAUGUAAUUAUUCUUCGUUUUUUUCUGUUCUGUGUAUUUAAUAACUUAAGGAUAAAAUUGUCACGAGUGUAUUCGUAUAAAAUGUAUUUUAUUUUUUUAUUAAUGAUAUAUUUAUUGUUACCAAUUUAUGUGAUCAUAUUAAAAAUGGCAAAUUUACUAGCCCUCUAAAAAUAUUUUACAACAUUAGUAUUCAGACUUAUAAAAAACAAAAUAUUAGUGAUUUCAUAUUUUUAAUCUGGAAACAAUUGUUCGUAAGUGAAGUGUUGAGUAAGUUUUUCCACAGUGUCUAACACGAACUCUUCGAGCACUUUUUGAAUAAUCGGCCUGAGCUCCAUGAAAAACAUAAUGAAAUUGG